AUAACCCAAUGGCAGCCCGACAGCCUCGUGGUCUUCAUGCCCAAAGUCCUGUGGAAGCCUCAUUCUCGAAUGUCGGAAUUGGAAAAUGGGAUAGAUAAAAGACCAUGAUUACCCGCCGUUUUCCGCCUUUUUUCAUGCUCAUGUGCUCAAUUCCCUGCUUCGAUUCGCCACCGGUUGACAGCACGGAGAAGCAGGAUCGACUUCAGUCAUGGCUUCACAAUCUGACCUUGAGCUCUUGAGCUCAUUGAAAGAUCUCCUCAGUACUGGUCAAUACUCCGACUUGACUAUCGCCAGUGCGGACGAGCAACACCAAGUCCACAAGGUCAUUGUGUGCCCUAGGUCCCAUGUCCUCACGAAGCUUUGUUCUGAUCUUGAUGCAAAUAAGGAGCAAUUGAUCUCCAUUCCCGAAGAAGACUCCCAAGCCGUGCAGCUGAUGAUACACUACCUGUACACCCUCGACUAUCCUCAGGUCACGCCCCGAACCCAAGUCACCCCGAAAUCUCCUGAACACCAACCUCUCGGCGCCAAUGGCACAAAUGGAGCCAACGGAGCCAACGGCACGAAUGGCACCCACCCCAUAGACCCCAAGCAAUCCAACGGCCAUGGAGCUCCCCUUGUCUCCCCGGUGGAAUACUCCAUCGAGCAAGAAGAGUUCAUCGCUGCCACCGACUUGGCCAACAAGGCCGCUGCCAAAAACAAGAAGAAGAAGAAGCGCGCCCAGAGCACUCCUACUACCACCUCGAACCUCGUCAUCCACGCCCGAGUCUACGCGCUCGGCUCUAAAUACGGUAUUAAGGGGCUCAAGAACCUGUCGGCCGAUAAGUUCGAGGACGAAGUCAAGCGCCACUGGGAUACUGAGGACUUCCUCGGUGCGGCGCAGGAGGCUUAUACUUCGACUUCGGAGCAGGAUCGCACAAUUAGGGAUUCAGUGUUAAAUACUAUCAAGUCGCACCCGGAGCUUUUGGGUAGGAAGCAGGUCCAGGAGGUGAUUAAGAAACUGGAGUUGUCGUUUGAUCUGUUGAUGCAUCAUCUCCAGAACUCGACUGGCACGUUAACGAAGUAGUGAAGAUAAGUUGCGUAGUUUGUUUGACUUGAGUAGAAAAAUGAUACGAGACUGAGUUAUGAAACUGUUUUAACCAG